AUGCAUAAAUUAAUGAAUGAAGUAACUAAUGAAACAAAUAAUACAGCGUCUGCUACAGUCCGUACGAAAACACCUGGUGUUGUACGAAAACGAAAAAUUCGUCGUGUUAAAAUAUUAAUUAGAUCUCCUAUUGAAAAAGUAACAAAUGAAAAAGAAAUACAGCAAAUUGGAAAAAUAAUUUCAACGAAUACAUCUGUCGAUAAACGACCUUUCCCUUUUGGACAUUGUCGUGUUUGCGCAGAUAAAGCCACCGGUGCCCAUUAUGGUGUGCCAACCUGUGAAGGAUGCAAAGGUUUUUUCAAACGAAGUAUACUACGAAAAGAAAAAUACCGAUGCUAUUUUGGUGAUAAGUGUGUUGUUAAUAGUGACAAUCGUAAUAGAUGUAAAUCGUGUCGUUUUCAAAAGUGCCUUAAAGAAGGAAUGUCCGUCGAAGGGGUCCGAAUGGGUCGAAUACCUAAAUUAAUAAAAGAAAAAGCCUUAGCAGAACAUGUAUCAUCGAGUAUAGAAAAUGAAGAUCCAGCUCAACUCUCACCAUCUCGUGUCCCAUCAACGAAUUCCAAUAAUCAAAUGCCAACAUCAUCUACAAUCGAUUUAAAUUUACCAUUAAUCGAUGAACACUCCCUAUUUGCCGAUCUAGAUAGUGUACCUAUCGAUAGUCAUUCGAAAUGUGAUACACCCCCACACAUAACAGCAACUAUGUCAUCUUGUCAUAAUUAUGAGUUACCAGAUAAUUUUACACUAGAUGAAACCAGACCUGAAUACAAUAAUGAAUUUGAUAAUCGGAUUGUGACAUUGAAUCCUUCUGCGUUAACUAACUAUAUGACAAAUUGUGAAGAACAUUUUGGAAACGAUGUGAUUGAGCGUAUGAAAAGUAUUGUUCGAAAAAUAUCCCACCCGACACCAUGUACAGAACUUGAUUAUGAUGAAUCAUCGUUUAUUCGAUAUAUUCGUUGGAAAAUGUUCGAUUUAAGUAAUACAUAUAAUGGACGCACACGACAAUUAAUCGAACGAAUGAAUAGUAUGAUUCGUCUUGGGAUUGAAGAUUUUCCUGGCAAUUCUUCUUCGCUACAAGAUGUUUGGGCUGGCCUAACAGAUGCUAUUCCAUUUCAUGUUAAAAAUCUCAUCGCAUUCGCACGUGAAAUGUCUGCAAUCAAUGAAAUUCAUUCCGAUGAUUUUCACAAAAUAAUGAACAAUCGUCUAUUUGAUUUUUGGCUCAUUAAACAUGCACCGUUAAUUGGUAACAAUGAAUCAUACAUGAUGUUACCAAAUGGUCUUCAAUAUACACGUCGAUGGAUGAAUAAAAUCAUCGGUGAAGAAAUGGUUCAAACAAUGUUUGAAUUUGCCAAUAAAUUUAAUUCACUGCGUUUAACUCACGAGGAACAUGCCUUAAUAUUUCCUGUUGUUAUUUGUGUCAAAGAUGACUCCCUUCACAAUCAAGAAACUGUGCGCAGUAUUCAAUAUUUUUAUUUAUACGCGUUAUAUAUUCAAAUGUUAACAACACGUACGCAAACUCAAGCGAAAGCUAUAUUUCGUAGUCUUCUUCAGAUUUUUGCCUAUUUACCACUAUUAAAUGAGUUACAAGAGAAAAAAGUUGGCUCAUGCAUUCCACCAAAUGCUGACUCAGAAUUAUGA